UUGUUUAAUAUUUUAAAUUCAUCGAGACAUUGACUUCGUCAAGUCAUUUUCAAAAUUCAGUUUGCAAUGAAUUUUUUUUAAGGGACAUCGCCAAAUUCAUUAAGUUUAAUUGAAAAUCGUUUCUUUUUCAUUUCGCAUUUGAAUCUAUCCUUAAAAGAAAUUCAAAAUGGAAUUCGUCACAACGUAUCGACGAGAUUUUUUAUGGCCCUAUGUUAUUGUUUUGGGAAAUAAACCACAUCCCGAUAAUUAUCCAGCCACGAGCACAGGAUGGCGAGAUUCAGGAAUGUGUCCCUGCACCUGUUUAAAACACAACCAACAACAUUCCGGACAUGGUCAGGUUAUUGGUCCGGAAUCGGCUAAUAAAGAUGGUUGGAUUAAAAAAGCACCGGUUGGGCCUUUAUUAGAUCCAAAAUUGUAUCCUGCACAAGUUGGAAGAUCUCCGGAAGUUGAUACAAUGAAAUUUAAUCAACCAAACACAUUUUUAAAGAAGCUUCAAGAUAAAUAUCCAUACAUUUAUGAAAUUUUAAGAGCAGCACCACCUGAUGAUAUGAUAUCAAGAAUUAAUCGUGAUCGACUUAGAUCAACUUAUCAAGUCGAUUUUUGCCAUAUGAAUGAAUAUCCAUCUGGUCCAUAUGAUGAACUUCUCCGUGCUGCCGGCGUGGCUGGGUUAUCACCAUGUCCAGAACCCGUUAAACUCCCAGGAGAUCCUUGUAGACCGAAUCAAAGAGCGGUUGCGUUUAGACCGGCUACGAUUAGUAAAGAUGGAAAAGUGAGAGGUUCGCGAGGCGGCGGCGGCGGCGGUGGUGGUAGUGGCGGUGGAGGCGGCGGUGGUGGUGGUGGAGGCGGUGGCGGCGGAGGCGGAGGAGAAGGUUUCGUUUGUGCUGCUCAUGCAAAUGAACCGGGUGUUUCUGAGUAUCAAGAUGAAAUUUCGAAAUUGGGCGAUUUAAUUGUACGUGAAAAAAUUCAUAAUCGACCGAGACCAAAGUGUAAAUCCUCCGGAUUUUCGGGCUAAAUCAUCACAUUAUGUUUCCAUUUUCAUUAUAAUCUUUCAUUGCUCGAUAUUUUAAGUUAAAUAUGUAUCAAUUAUUUUUAAAAUUCCGAAUCUAAUAAUAAAUUUUUUUGUCGCAUUCA